UUUUUUUUUUUUUUUAUUUUCUUCAUUCCGUUCACUUUUUUUUUUAUCCAAUUUCCUAUUUUCUCUCUUUAUAUCCUUUUGACAAUGACAGCUGCUUGUCACCACCAUCAACAGUUGCACAGACAUCAUACAUCUUCUAGUCGCGGUAAAAACUUUGGGAACGUACCAGAUAUCAACACUUCUGGUGGUCAAUGUACUUGGUGCGGUCAAUAUGGACAUAAACAACUCCUUUGCCCUUAUUUGCGAUGAAUCAUCUUCUUUGUGUGCCAUAUUGGUUCUCUAUUUAUACAUAUAUUAUCUUUAUUUCAUUUCAUAUCAUAUUCAUAUCAUCAUUCUUUUAUUUUAUCAUUAUCAUUAUCAUCAACAUUCACUACUAAACAAAAAAACAAAAAAAGAAAAUCAUGUUUAAAUAUUAUCAUUCUAUCAUUCUAUCAUCAAUUUUUAUCCUUUUUUUUUUCACCAUCAAAAAAUAGCUGUCAUCCCAAUCACUACCAAAAAAUGGGGAAUAGUGUUUCUUAAUAAAAGUUUAAAGUCAUUUUAGUUUUGUAUUCCAAAUAUCUUUGAAUACGCCGUAUAUUGUAUCCCCUUAAUGUUGAUGAUUGUUUGUCAUAAAAACAAAAGCCUUUUUGGUCUCGUUG